UUCUUCUCGGAUGCUUCCGUUCGACCACAUGUGGCAUGUGGAAGGAUGAGCAAUCCGCGCUCGCUGGAGGGUUUGAGUAAGUGGGCUUCAUAAGAUGAUUGAAUUUGAUGAUGAAAAUAAGGGCAUCAAGCCUGCAUCCUAUGAAAGAAUAGUAUUGAAGAAUGCUUCUGAAUACCAUUAUCUGAAGAUCCAUUUGGAGUUCGAAGAAGCUGACAUUAGUUUGAAUCCUGUUGAGUUCAAACAGCUUAUCAUCUCUGCUUUGAAACGGCUCCAUGGUGAGGUUGGUGCUGCAUUGCCUGUUGAUGUUUUGACAUAUGAGGAAAAAACAUUGACUGCCAUACUUAGAGUAUCUAACGCUGGCCUAGUAAAGCUGUGGAGUGCUGUAACGUUGCUUGGUUCAUACCAGAACAGAAAGUGUGCCUUUAGGGUGAUACAGACUUCUCCAUUUCUUCUUGCAUUAGCUGGGAACAGCAGAGAAAUGGUGCUAGAUUAAGUAUUCAGUUGAUUAUGGUUUAUGUAACACCAAAAUGCUGAUAGU